AUGUCUUCGACGACGCCGAAGAAAAAGCAGCGAGUACAAGUUUCCCUCGAUGGUGACGAUGCGAACAACAAAGAAGAAAUGAUGAUGAUAAAUCCGUACACUCAUCAGCCGUAUUCUCAAACCUAUCUGAACAUCCUCGAGACGAGGCGAAAGCUUCCCGUGUGGAAACAAAAAUCGGAUUUUCUUCACCAGUUGGCGGCUUCGCAGACUUUAGUGCUCGUCGGGGAAACCGGUUCGGGGAAGACGACGCAGAUCCCGCAAUUUCUCGUCGACGCCGGGUACACGAAUGAAGAAUCUAAGAUGGUGGUGUGCACGCAACCGAGACGCGUGGCGGCGAUGUCGGUGGCGAAACGAGUCGCCGAGGAGAUGGACGUGCAAAUAGGGGAAGAGGUUGGAUAUUCGAUUCGGUUCGAGGAGUGCACGUCGCGAAAGACGAUCAUGAAGUACGCCACGGACGGGAUGUUACUCAGAGAAGCGAUGACAGAUCCAUUAUUGAGUCGAUAUUCAGUGAUUGUGAUCGACGAAGCGCACGAGAGGACGUUAGCGACGGACGUUUUGUUUGGAUUGUUGAAGGAGGUGUUGAAGAAGCGACCGGAGGAUUUGAAGUGCGUGGUGAUGUCGGCGACGUUGGAGGCGAAGAAGUUUCAGGGGUAUUUUGAAGGCGCACCGUUGGUUAUGGUUCCGGGGAGAACGCAUCCGGUGGAGAUAUUUUACACGCAAGAACCUGAGAGAGAUUAUUUGGAAGCGGCGAUUCGGACGGUGGUGCAAAUACACCGGUGCGAACCACCCGGGGACGUGCUUUUGUUUUUAACCGGCGAGGAGGAAAUCGAAGACGCGUGCGGGAAGAUUAGGAACGAGAUUAAGAAUAUCGGGGACAGCGUCGGGCCUGUGAACGUGGUGCCGCUAUAUUCGACGUUACCGCCGAAUCAACAGCAGAGGAUUUUUGAUAAAGCGCCGGACGCGUUAACCGUCGGAGGCGUCGCCGGGAGAAAAGUGGUCGUGUCCACGAACAUCGCCGAGACGUCUUUGACGAUUGAUGGGAUCGUCUACGUCGUCGACCCGGGGUUUUCGAAACAGAAAGUGUACAAUCCUCGAAGUCGAGUGGAAAGUUUAUUAGUCUCGCCAAUUUCUCGAGCGUCGGCGCAACAAAGAGCCGGGAGAGCCGGGAGAACCCAACCCGGGAAGUGUUUUCGAUUAUACACGGAACUUUCCUUCAAGAAAGAUUUAAUCGAACAGACGUACCCGGAGAUUUUGCGAUCGAAUUUAGGCUCGGUCGUCAUCCAGUUGAAAAAAUUAGGCAUCGACGACUUGGUCCAUUUCGAUUUCAUGGACCCUCCAGCGCCGGAAACGUUAAUGCGCGCGUUAGAAUUGCUCAACUAUUUAGGCGCUUUAGACGACGAAGGCGAGCUGACGAAAGCCGGGAAAAUCAUGUCCGAUUUCCCGUUAGAUCCUCAGUUGGCAAAGAUGUUAGUCGGGAGCACAAAGUUUAAGUGUUCGAACGAAAUCGUGACCAUAGUCGCCAUGCUUUCCGUUCCGCAGUGUUUCAUUCGCCCGCGAGACGAUCAACAAAGAGCAGACGCCGCGAAGGCGCACUUUGCGCAUUUGGACGGCGACCAUUUGACCAUGUUGAACGCCUACCACGCGUUCAAACAAAACGGCGAGAGCCAAAACUGGUGCUGGGAAAACUACUUAAAUCACCGAUCGUUGAAAUCCGCGGAUAACGUCCGCAACCAGUUAGUCCGCUUAUGUCAACGCCACGGCGUCCUCCUCGAAUCCACCGACUUCCACUCUAAAGACUAUUACGUCAACAUCCGCAAAGCCAUCUUAAACGGCUUCUUCAUGCAAGUCGCGCACAAAGAACGAAACGGCUCGUACUUAACCGUCAAAGACAACGAAUCGGUUUUGUUGCACCCGUCUACGAAUUUAAGCGGUAAACCCGAGUGGGUCGUGUACAACGAGUUUGUCUUGACGUCCAAGAAGUACGUCCGGACGGUCACGGAAAUCAAAGGCGAGUGGUUAAUCGACUUGGCCGAACAUUAUUACGAUUUGAGCAACUUCCCGAGUUGCGCCGCCAAAAACGCGUUGCAGCAGCUGUACACGCAACGAGAGAGAACGCAUAAGGGUGGUAAGAAGUAG